UUGAGGAGCUAGGGAGUAGGGACACAGUAGUAAGUGUAUAUCUCUACCUGUACAACAGUUGAUUCAAUCCUCUAUCUAUGAUUCAAUGAAGAGGUUUUUAUUACAAGCACCAGGUGGGAUUUUAAGUAGAAGAAUGUGGGACAAAGGAAAAUGAGAUAUUAAUGUCUUCUUUUUUCUAUGUAGAUCUAGUGGAGAUGGAGAAACUUAAAUCAAAGGGAUACUUGUAAAUGAUAACCAGAUCAGUUGUAAAGGAUGUCAUCAUUAAAACACUAAUAUCAGCUCAUCCAGUCGUCUGCCACAACUAUCGGUCCUCAUUCCCUAAUCACACGAGAGGCAGUGCCUGCUUUGAGAUACUCGGCUUUGACAUACUCCUAGACCGCAAACUCAAGCCCUGGCUGAUGGAAGUGAACAGGUCCCCCAGUUUCCAUACUGACUCCCCACUGGAUAAGGAAGUGAAAGAGGCGUUGAUAUAUGAUACACUGGAUCUCAUUGACCUCUUUGCUAAUGAUAGGAAGAGAUGUCUGGAGGAGGAGAAACAGAGAGCAAGGGAUAGGCUGCUACAGAAGGCAAGAUCUAAGGACUCAAGCCAAGAGAGAGACAUUAGACUGAAAUAUAAAGCUCAGUUUGAAAAAUAUGAAGAGACUCACUGUGGAGGCUAUAGGAGGAUAUACCCACGAGAUGGGAACGAGGAGAAGUAUCAGAAAUACUUUAAUCAGAACACCUCACUCUGUACCCAGACCAUAGCCUCUAGAGCAAGGGCUGAUCUAGCUAGACAACUAAGAGAACAAGUUGAAGCAAAACAGAAAGAACUGGAGAGGUAGGGGGCAAUAGCUAAGCCUAGUUCAGAAUAUGAUCUUUGGCUGCUACAUG